CUUUUAUUGUCUAGUUUAUAAUUUUCAAAUGGACGUACGAAAUACAAUUGAAUAUUCCACGUGUGAGAACGAUGAUAGUGCGGAAGAUAGUUUUAAAAAUAUAGUUUAUGCAAUUCUGCGACUGACGUCUGAUAUUAAUGCAGAUUUUCCGGAAGAAACAGAAAUGUCGUCUUCUAAUUCCGAUGAAGAAGAGGAGGGUGAUUUCUGGUUUCUGGAAACUACUAGUUGUGAAAACAGACCUUUAAAGAAAGAGUUUUUAUUUUUAGAGAAGCAUUCAUUGGUCAAAAAAAUAAUAUAUGAGGAGAACGAAGACGAUGACGUCAGUAUUAAAUUGGAUGAAGAUAAGAAUAGAAACAAAGAGAUGACAGGAAAAAAGAAACAGUCGAAAGAAUUAAUUCAACAGGAUAAGAGAAGAAAUAAUGAUGAUAGAUUUUCAUACAACAGAGAAUCGGAGGAUGUUAAAGAAACGAGGAAAUGUUUCGAUGCUUUUGUGGAAUUUUUCCGCAAAUUUCCAUCUAUCAUCUGCUCUUGUUUCAAAAGAAAAAAGUAAAAUGGCGGAAUGUAGAUCGUCGUCUAUAUUUUAAUAGUUACAUUCCGUUCAGCUCAAAAAAAAUUAUUAUAUUUUAUUUAAUAUUAUUAGAAAAAUUUAUCGUUCGUACAAUAAUAAGAAGGCACAUUACAAAAUUCACUUGGUCCAAAUAUCUGGUGUGCAACUUUCAUCGGCAGGCGCCGUGGUAUU